AUGGGUAUUCAAGGGCUGCUACCUCAAUUGAAGCCUAUCCAAAAUCCAGUCACAUUACAUAGAUAUGAAGGUCAAACACUUGGUAUAGAUGGCUAUGCAUGGUUACAUAGAGCAGCAUUCGCAUGCUCCUAUGAGCUAGUGAUGAAUGAGCCUACUGAAAAGUAUUUACAGUUCUUCAUCAAAAAGAUUAGGAUGUUGAAAUCCUUCAAUAUUGAGCCCUAUUUUAUAUUCGAUGGGGAUUCUAUACCUGUAAAGAAGAAUACGGAAUUGAAGAGACGGGAUAAGAGAGUAGAGAAUAAAGAAAUGGCAAUGAGACUAUGGAAUGCUGGUGAAAAGAGGAAUGCAAUGGAUUUCUUCCAAAAAUGUGUCGAUAUAACUCCAGAAAUGGCUAAAUGUGUCAUAGAAUAUUGUAAGAUCAAUAAUAUUAAGUACGUUGUUGCACCUUUUGAAGCUGAUUCACAGAUGGUUUACCUGGAGAAGAAAGGUUUGAUACAUGGCAUAAUCUCCGAAGAUUCUGAUCUUCUUAUUUUUGGAUGUAAGAAACUGAUUACAAAGUUGAAUGACUACGGUGAAUGUAUAGAAAUUCGCAGAGAUGAUUUUUCCAGACUGCCCAAGAAGUUUCCAUUAGGACAGCUUAAUGACGAACAAAUAAGAGCUGUGGUAUGUCUUUCAGGAUGUGACUACACAGAUGGUAUACCUAAAAUUGGUUUAUUGACAGCUUUCAAGUUAGUAAAUCAAUGGAAACAGAUGGAAAAAGUUAUUUUAUAUUUACAAAGAGAGGGCAAGUGGAAAAUUCCAGCGAAUUUUUUGAAGGAGUAUUCACUGGCUAAUUACGCCUUUCAAUUUCAAAGAGUUUUUUGUCCAGUGAGUAAUCGAUUGGUUACCUUGAAUGAGAUUCCAAAAAGACUAAUAGAUUCAGCUUCAGAUCUGCUUUUGCAAUGCAUCGGACCCGCUAUAAGUUAUCAGAAUAAAGAAAAAGGACAAAUUUUAAAUGAAGAAGAGAUUGAUCACUCUUUGCAUGCAAGAAUGGCUCUCGGGGAGUCUAGUCCCUAUGAUUAUCGUAAACCAUUGAUCAGUAGAGAGUGUAAGUUACAGCUAGUCUCCAAAUCAGAGGUAAAUAUCAAACUUCCAUCUCAGGUGAGAAAUAAGUUAAUAGAUUCUUUCUUUGAUAAGACCAAAAAUGUUACUCCGAAAGCCGCAUCUGCUACUCUACUUCGAAACAGUUCUAUUACAAAAACAAUUUCAGGACUUGGAAAUUCGCAAAUGAGAGAUAUUACAAAUAAAUUAUCAAAUACCAUAUCUGUAAAACGUCGUAAAUUGCAAUUAGAUGAAGACAGUUUUGAAACUUUGAAUACUUUACCAACAACGAGCAAAUAUUUUCGAAAAAGACAACUUACACCAGAAGUACGCCAAGAACUUGGAAACUCUAAACUUAAAGAAUGUGGAUCAGAGAGUGAAGUUGAAACAGAAAUACCAGAUUCCUGUUUUUCAACACAAAUACCUAGUUCCUUUCAGGAACUUUUACGAAGAACACCAACAGCGACAGCUGAGGACGGUGGGGACGGUACUGAUGAGACUGAUGAAAAAGAUGUUGUAACAUCAGAGGACGAAGACACGGAAGAUAUCUCCGAGGUUAUUAGUGAGCCAUCUGUUGCAAAAAUAAAUAAAUUUGAUGCGAAAAGUUUAUUUAUCAUGAAAAAAAAUAGUUUGGAGGGAGAGGAAAAAGCUGGGGAAAUUUUGCAAACGAGAAAACUUUCGAGAUCCUCCACUAUUUUAGAUAAGUUUAAGUAUUCUUCAUUGAAUGCGAAUACAAACGAAGCUGAAAAUAACAUUGCUUCUAGGGUACCUUUGUCGACGCAACACCCGAAUAAAAAUGGACGACUAAUAGCCUUCCUCCACAAAGCAUCCGAAGUGAGCACAGAAGCAGGUUUUAGCGAAAAAAAAAGACCUUGUUUAAGAAGAAGUAUUGUUCGUACUACAUCAAGCGGUAGGGAAGAUAGUCGCAUGGAAGUUUCUUCACAAAAGCGGACUAUAACUACUAGGAAUACUAUAAACUUGACAGUUUCUGCGAGUCAAAGUGAUGAUCAUGGAAAACCUGUUAGCAGACCUGCCUCGAGAUCCGUAUCUUUAUUGACUAAAUUUGUAUAUAAACACGAAUGA